CCGCUACUUUUUGGUCAUAUGCGCUCAACCUUCUCCCCCACACUUGCUCCCGUUGCUUCGGUGCGACCAUCACGCUGUCCUCUCAGAGCGGAGCCUCUUGUCGCGAGCUUGCAUCCUUGACCGCCUUUUGGCGCAGUCUUCCGUUUCCAACGACAUGCGGCACGGAAAGAUCUCAUUGCUUGAUGCUGGCUCCAGUCAGUGUUCCAACGUGGCCUUCCGUGACCGAUGUCCGCCUGGGCAGCUACUCAUUGCCCUGACUCAGAUAAGAGCCCGAAAGCAGGCAACAGGGCAUGCCUGCAGCAAGGCAGUGGGCUGUGAAUGUGCUUCGCAACGCCGGAUGCACGUUUGUUGUAGUAUCAGGACAUGCGCAAGGUCUAGCCGUGUCCAUGGCUACGCGGCAGCGUCCAUCACGGGUCGUGCUCCCCGCCUCGUAUCCCUACCCUGGAUCGGUUCGUCUGUACCUUUACAGACCAGUCAGCCCUAUCAUGCGAAGCGAGCAACUGUGCGCCAAAUCACAACAAGCGUUGGAGGGGGUAAGGCCCAGCUGAUGGGAUGAUGACUGAGAGAGGUACCCUCGAGAGCCCUUGUCCUCUAGCUCCGAUUGGCUUGCAUUCUAUAUAUAUGCGAACGACCCGAACGUGGCCCAGAGCCCACCUCACGACGCAGGCGGUAAGCCAACGAGUCCCGUAGAAGGGCUGGGUCCACGAGAUGCGUCUCAUGUUGUCGUCAAUAGUGCCCAUAGUAUGUGGACUCGUCAAUCGAGCCUCGUGACCGGUAUUCGAGCUCAAGUUGCUGGAUACCGAUAACGCUGCGCGACGACUGCUCCUUGGCAUUUGGCUCAGUCACAAGGCAGCUUCAGCGGGAUGCCAUCGUUUGCAACUCCGGGUUCUCAGCCCUCAGCUCCAUCGAAU